AAGGGGACCCGAACUGGGGCGUUUCUGAACGGCAACUCCCACGAAAAGAAGCCACUAACUGCCUGUUUGUCCGUCUGUCUGCGCGUCCGUCCUCCCAGCAAACUUUGUCCACCAUCGAAUUUAUUUCCGAGAAUGCGCUCUAUGAGUGCAAACCACGGUCGGGAACUUUCAUAGUAGUUACCUAGGACUUUUGACAAUCUUCUCGCACGGAAGCAUCCGGCAUUUUGUCAACUUUAGCUUUGUUGUUGCUUGCUUGUUUUUCAGACGUACUGUCAGCGAACGACGCUAGCCAUAAUAUCGGAAUAUGCUAUCCUUUUAUUUUUACAAGAAUGGAAACGUGGAAAAGUUUUGAGUAAGUUUGCUGUGAGCUACUUUUAAGGGAUCGUCGUCAAAGUUCGGAAGGCAGCAGAGGCUACGGCUGACGCCGACAUUCCCUUACUCCUACUGCGCCACUUUAAGUGGAAUGGGACGCCUUGAAACCUCCGUGUUUGGAUCUUGAAACUGCUAGGGGCGCCCGAGCACCAUAUUGAAUCAAAGUGCCAACUUUGUGACAAAUGUGCUGUAACUUCGGGGUUUCCAAGCAGCGACACCAGCUGACGGCCUAUAAGUAAGCCUGUAAUGGAGGAGCUGUAGGCGGCGAGUGGCGAAUCUCCGCUCGGCUUCGGCGUUCGUGAAUGCGGCGGCGCACAAAUCCGCAAGUUUGACGCGUGAGCACAGUUGGGACGUCAUGGACAACCCGUCCUCGGUCAUCACGCAGGUCAGCCGGGAAGAAGAGGGAACUAAAACUGCAGAUAGAACGGACAAGGGUUCCACACCGUCACUGUCCACCAAGAAGCCUCGAAGCAGUGGCUUAUUCUCCAUCUUUUCCUGCUGCCUCUGUCGGGACCAACCAGAACCCUCGCCAGUCAACAACAAUGCCCCCCUGCUCGUUGAGGAGAAUGGCACAAUCUCCAAGAUCCAGGUUAAACCGCUGCUACCACCAGCCAAGUCCAAAGACGCGGGAAAGGUUUGCGUGGUUAUUGAUCUGGAUGAGACGCUAGUUCACAGUUCUUUUAAGCCAGUGAACAAUGCUGAUUUCAUCAUUCCUGUGGAAAUAGAUGGAACUGUACACCAGGUAUACGUUCUGAAGCGACCUCAUGUGGAUGAAUUCUUGAAGAGAAUGGGAGAAAUGUUCGAAUGUGUCCUGUUCACUGCCAGUUUAGCCAAGUAUGCCGACCCUGUUUCUGACCUCCUGGACAAAUGGGGAGCCUUUCGCUGCCGCCUCUUUCGGGAGUCAUGCGUCUUCCACAGAGGAAAUUAUGUCAAGGAUCUCAGUCGCUUGGGCCGGGAUCUCAACAAAGUCAUCAUAGUGGACAACUCCCCUGCCUCAUAUAUCUUCCAUCCCGACAAUGCGGUGCCUGUGGCCUCUUGGUUUGACGACAUGUCCGACACUGAGCUUCUGGACCUCAUUCCUUUCUUUGAGAGGCUGAGCAAAGUGGAUAACGUCUACGCUGUCCUUAAGCACCAAGGGGGAGCCACAAGCUAACAGAAUUCCAUGCAAAUCUAUGAGCAUGUACACACUCUCACACCCGUGAGACUACUGCUUUCACUACCCACACAAACGUAGACAUCUUUCCCACCUUUCACAAAGUGGGAGUCUUUGAUAGUGUUGAGGCUGCCACCUUCUGGUCAACCUGAAAACUGAUCUACAUUAAGUUUCCCUUUCCUCAAGAAGUGGCGGCUACAUGCAUGACAACAAUGAACAUAUGCCUUAAGGACCUUUCCCCGUUGUCGACAGUGGACUUCAUGGACUCCUGAGAUUUUUUUAGUACACUUUCACAGAACAUUAGCAGGCGUCCCAAUGGUGCCUUUUUUAAUGUUGCAUUAUUUUAGCCAAGCCACAUGAGACAACAAACCUGCCAUGGCCCUCAGAAAUGUGUGAGGGUGUAGAUUUCCAUGUCACUGAGGUUACAUUUGCUGUAUACAUUGACUUGUGUUUGACAGGCUCGCCUCCACCUUUUGAAAAUGAAACUUGAACUCUUUGGAGCAGCAUUGGAAGCACAGAACUGUCUGGUAUGAUUACAGUAUGUCUAAGUACAUUGUCUUUUCUUUGUAUUCCUAAAACGGUACUCAUAGGCUGGAAACAAUCUAAUGCAGGAGGUAAAGAGUGCGGUAAUGUUAUCUGUAUUUAUAGCAACAAAAGACUUUUCGGUCAAUUUUAUCACCUGUCUGAUUGUUUUAAGGUCUUUCAGCGCAGCUACAAUUGUAUCUGUUUCUGGUCUGUGAGUAGGAAUCCUAGUGCAUUCUUUCAGGGUGACAUAGUGAAAGACCAACUGGAUGUCACUUGUCAUUUCAGGUGAGUUUAAAAAAGCAGUGUGCCACCCAGCAAGACUCUUUGACUGUUUUUAAUCCUCCUUGUAUGCAAAUGACAAAAAUCAUACAGACACAGAUGAAUGGAUGUGGAAUUUGCCUUUUGCAAUGACUCCACAGAGAAAGAGCAGGGAUGCAUUUUAACCCAUCAUGUUAUUUUAUUUUUCAGUAUUUCUGUAUGUUUUUGAAAAUCUUGUCAAUCAACCUACAAUUUCUUUUUCCAAAUAAUUACUGAUGUCUUUAAUUCCUGGCCCACGAGGGAACCACAAGGGGUCCUCUGAUGCGUUUCGUGUUCCCACUUAUGGCUAAUCGUUGGCUAAUCAGCUCAGCCAUUUAUGUCAGUUUUGACUAAGAAAUGUAAGCAAAUUACUUAAAUGAAUCUUACUCUUUUAGGCAUAUAACAGUAAAAAUUUUGUUUGGUGUGCUCACACCAAGAUGCUUUUAUUUGUUGGGCUUUGCCAAUAAAACUAAAGUGUCACUACAAGGCCACUACUGUACCUCACGUUCAGUAGACUUGUUCACAUGUUUUGCACAGAAACAAAGCAAACAAAUGUCAUUAUUAAUAUAUGGAACAUCCAUGUUACUGUACUCAUGAUUUAAUAGAUGUAAUCUAAUUUUUCACCUGUUUUAUCAUGCCAUGUUACACAGUACAUGAACAGUAUGUAACAGUGACUUUCCCCCCAUAAACGCUAAAUGAACAAUGAUGUUUGUCAAGUUUUGCUCAUUCAUCAUGGUAGAAUGUAUCAGUGGGAUCGAAUAUUAGCUAUGUAUGAACUUGUGUAGAUAUGCUUUUACAGUCAAUAGCAUGCCGCUGUAUCACAUCCUAGUACAGUAUUCCAGGGUGUAUAGGUCUACUCAAAUUUCCUUUGUAUUAUUUUUAUUUCAGUGAUAUACAUUAACUUACCAUUUUGUUUUCUUUGUAUGUUAACUUUAGACAAUUUCUACUAAUAUCAU